CCCGUUGAUUCUUCUGUCGCUUUCAAAAUGGCUGAAGAUCGAUCAAAUUUUGGAUCUUCUAAACUCUUGAGUGGUUAUAGCAGGAAUGAUGAUGAUGACGACAGGAGGAAUGCCAGUGCAACUGAUAAUUGGUACUCAAGAGACACAUGGGAUUCCAAUGAGGAGAAGGAGUUGACAAUGGAUGGUGACCAGACGGCAAUAUGUUGUAAUGGAAGCUUAGUUGAAAGCGGAAGGCAUGACAAUGUUUCCAUCUUGGAAUCAAUGGAAUAUGACAACACUAGGUGGUUGAAAUCAUUCCCCGUCACACAAUCGUGUCCAACAUGUGAGGAUACUGAGCGCGCAAAACUCCUUGAGGAUAUCCACGUUAUUUUCCAGUCUCUUAUUAGACAUAAAUGUCUCGCAGUAAGCCAUCUUAAUAAAGUCAUUCAGUACACAAUGGACGAGCUUCAAAGACUUGUUCUUGAUUCACAGCUUUCAAACCUUGGUUUGGACCAAACACCCCGCUGUAUUUGUUUCUUGGGCGCUUCCCAACUUAGCAAGGGCCUCAAAUUUUUGCAGGAGCUUUUUCACUCUUGCGGAUUAAGUAGAUAUCCUGAUAAGCCAGCUUAACAUAUGAGAAACCAAGUGAUGCUAAAGAACCUGAAAUCAAAGAACUAGUUGUUCUGAGCAGGGAUUCAUCAUUUCUUUUUCUAGGGGAGCGUUUAUUUAGAGGCGAAAUUACUAGCAGUGGUUAUGAGAAAGGUUGCUCUGAGAGUUAUGGUGAUACAGCAGCCACUCCUUUUCCCUUUAGUGAUAAUGACAAUUUUCUUCCACUCGAUAGCAGUGCUCUGCUAUCCUGGAUUUUCUCUGGUCCUUCGAGUGAGGAAAUGCUUACAUCAUGGAUCCGUCUGAAGAAAGAAAACUCCCAUCGUGGAUUGGAAUUUCUUCAGAUGCUUGAGAAGGAACAUUACCUCUUACAAGGCUUGUGCGAGAGGAAAUGUGAGCAUUUGAGCUGCGAUGAAGCUUUACAAGCAGUUGAGAGUCUCAUCUUCGAAGAGCUUAAAAAAAGGGAGCAUGUUACUGGAUUUGCCUCCCGUAGUUUGGAGGCUGUCGUUCGCAAGCGUCAAGAAGAACUUACUGAAAGAGAAAGUGAUGUUAUGUCCAUCAGUAGUAGGUUUGAGUUGGAGGCUCUAUCAAGUGUUCUCAAAGAAGGAUACGAAGAAUCUCUGUCUGGUGUCACUACUCAUUUAUGUGAUACGGAUUAUGGAGAAGAUGAUGACGGGAGAAUGUACGAUGUUCUUCAUCAAGCAGAUAAUUGCAUUCAAGUAGCACUCCGGAGACGGAAGGAACAGUUAUCUGUAGAGCUCAGCAAAAUUGAUGCCAGGAUCAUGCGAAAUGUCACAGGCAUGCAACAGUUAGGGCUUAAGCUUGGACCCUUGUCUUCCUACAAUUUUCGGACGAUUAUUCUGCCUCUUGUUAAGUCAUUCAUGCGGGCACAUUUGGAAGAACUAGUCGACAAAGAUGCUACAGAGAGAUCUGAAGUUGCAAGAGAAGCAUUUUUAGCUGAACCUGCACUUGAUUCUAAAAAGGGUAAUCACAAAGGCGGUGAUUCUAAACAUAAUCAAGAGCAGAUGAAGCAUAAGAAAAAGAACAAGGAUCACAUCCGUAGAUAG